GCAACACAUCUGUAGUUGACUGAUAUAUCAUCAGUCAAAAAGGAUACCAACUUAUCCUAAGCCAAAGGAAAAUUAAUAUAUAAUUACAAAAAGAGACCAAAAGAUUUUGGCAUAAAGUCUGGAAAAAGUGUCACAUUUAAGCCAGUUGUUGUUGUGAAGUUGACAGGAAAGGAUGACGAAUCGACUCAAGAUUUUCACAGUUAUAGUACUGUUAGCCGGUGCUUCCUAUGCUUUUCAGGAGGAUGAUUUCUUGGAUGGGCAGUUGACCCUGGUGGUGGAGGAUGCCCUGGAGGGCGGACCAGAACCUGUCUUUGCUCCACGCUCUACAAUCCAUGUCCGCUCCGUAAAAUCUGGGAAUGCUGUGGUGACACAUGCGAGACAGUGGAAUGCUGAGUUGCACAAUAAGUUGAAGAAACUUGCAGAAAACGAUGACUUUUAUCGCGUUCGUGUUUAUCAUAAGGGAUCAGAGGAAAGAGGCUACGUAUCAACCUUCACCAGAGCUUGUCAGAUAUAUGAGAGUGGCCUCUCUGAGACCCUGAGCAUGAUGGUGGACAGCGCCGGCACCUGGGUUGUUGGUGUGGGCCUCAUCCCCCCAGUGACCGUGUGCCAGGGAGAAGAGCCCGAAGCCAUCCCAGCCAACCACAACACUACAGUCAUCAUUCGCUCUCCAACACCAGCGCCCGUACCAGACACAGCAACAUACAUUGAGAAGCUUGAGGCAAUGAAGACUGAAAAGGCAGAGGGGAAAGAUAACCGCACAUUCCUGGCAAAAUACUGGAUGUACAUUGUACCAGUCGUGGUCAUCAUGGUUCUCUCAGGAGGAGGACAGGAGGGUGGACGCUAACCUAUGAUUUGUCAUUUGACACAACAAAGUUGUUUGUUUUUUGUAAAGUCCUCAGCUGUAUUUUUUCUUUUAUUAUUGUUAAUAGUAUUUUUGCUAUUGAAAAAGGGCAAAUUUCAUUACAGAUUUUUCAUAUUAUUAUUUAUAUUCAAAAGUUUAUCAUGACAUUGUGCAAUCAUCUUUGAUACAAAUAAGCAAUAUGAUCUGAUAUGUAUAUACAGAGGCACUGUAUUUUGUUGAGUCUUUGCAUUUAAAAGAAAGGUACAAAAAAAAUGUACUUCUUAGACUGAGUAAUGCUGGAUUUUAAAAGUCUCAUCAGAAAAGCCUGUAAGGGUUUAAAAUACUAAUGUACAAGUUAUCAUGAAGUUCAGCCUUUGAUAAUCCACACUAACAGAAACAAAACACUCCAGCAUAUUCCCAACAUCAGUCGUCAUCUUCAAUCUGCAAUUCAUUUGUAUAUUAGACAAUAUGUUUUAAUUCUUCACAUACAGGUCACAAAAUAGGUUUUCUUUUCCGUAAUAAUAACUAUUCAAGUUUACUGUUAUUGUAUAAAUAUUUUAAGUCUGACCUAAUACUAGAUUUGGCCAGUGAAGAUUUACAGUAAUUCUCUUUACAGUGACUUAUGUUGUUGUUUAGGGAACAAUAAGUGCACCAUUCCCUUUUAUUUAUGUAUGGAUGCUUGAGUGUGUACAAGUAGCAUGUAGAAAUAAAAGAAUGUUUCCUGAACA